AUGGUUCUGUUCUUAGCUGAAUGCUUCGCGACAUGUAUAAUGAUAUUAAUUGGUGAAGGUGCUAUCGCUAAUUAUAAAUUUACCCAAGAACCGUCUCAAACAACACUACCGAUUGCCAUUGCGUUCGGUGUUGGUGUUUAUGCAGCAUUAAUGCUCGCUGCACCAAUCGCAGGCGCGCAGCUGAAUCCUGCGUUAAGUAUAUCACUAUUGACUAUUGGUGAAAUAAAACCAUUACUGUGUCUAUUGUACGUCAUUGCGCAAGUUGUGGGCGCAUUUCUCGGAGCGGUUUUAGUUUAUGUUGUUUAUGUGAAGCAAUUUGAUGCGUAUGAUGGGGGUCGACGGGAAAUGAUAGGCGUAACUGGUACAGCUGAUGUUUUCUUCACUAUGCCUGCUGAAGGUAUACCGAAUUGGAGUGCGUUCAUUGAUCAAGUUAUUGGAACUGGUAUCCUUAUGAUUUUUGUUCAGGCCGUUGGAAAUAAAUCCAAUCAAAUUACAUCGAAAGUUAUCCAACCAUUUGCAUAUGCAUUAAUUGUGAUUGGCAUUAUUUCGGCAUUCUCAAUUAAUGCUGGUGCUGCAGUUAAUCCCGCUCGUGAUUUCGGUCCACGUAUUUUCGGAGCAUUCAUCUAUGGUUGGAAGGCUGUCUUUACAGUACAUGAUUAUUACUUUUGGGUACCCAUCGUUGGUCCAAUUGUAGGAGCCAUCAUCGGUGUAUGGGUGUAUCAAUGUUAUAGGUUUAUCGUGAAAAAAUACGGAUAUCUUUCGAAUGUCGAAGCUCCAUCGAUAGACAUCGAACAACGUGUUUCGAGCAAAUUUUAA